AUGCUAGAUUUAGAUGAAAACUGCACUAGUGCAAAAAGCAAGAAACUGAAGAAGGAGAAGAAGGCAAGGAAAAAGAAAAAGAGGGAAAAGAAGGCAAAGAGAGAAGCGAGGAGAGAGAAGAGAAAGAAAAAGAAAUCAAAGAAAGAGAUGGGCAAUAGCUCCAACGAUAGUGAUAGCAGCAACAGCAGUGACGAGGAGGAAGGAAUAAAAUCAGAGAGUUUAGAGGAAUUGUCAGAUAAAGCGCCCGUAGUACACGAAGAUGAGUCGGCGCCCGGAGCUACCAAAGUACCACGGAAGGCUGCCAGGACUCGAGGCGCUACCAGGACCAUCCCCCGACCUUGCACGAGACAAAGGGGAACGGCGCAAUAUCGACAGCCAACACGGGCUGCAACAGAAGUAACAUCGAGGGACUUCGCAGGACAACCUGCCGAGCAGCUGAAGGAGCCGAGCAGCGCGACCAUGAUGCGAGCGAUUCUACUAAUGUAA